AUGAAUCCCACUUCACAUCUAGCUCAUACCCAAAUUAGACACUUUGCUGGAAUAGUGUCUAUUGUAUUUCCGGCUAUCAUGCAUUUUACACUAGGUCCUUCUAUAAAGGAUAGCUUGCUCCUCAAGUUUAUCACAGUUCUUCUUCCAUUCUCAUACUCGGCAGCACAACAUUUUCUUCUGUUUCGCAUCAAUAGAAGUUUAGAUUACAAAUCCUCGUCUCUUCUGCAUUCAAUACUCUAUUUUUUACUUAACCUUUUUCUUUUCGUGUUUGCCGUUAUAGAUGGCAUUUCAACUGUCACCUUUACUCUCGACAAAUGGGACGAUGAUGUUUCAUUCUCCAUCCUUCUUCCAUCUUUUGUUGUGCCAAGUACAUAUCUUCUAUCUACUGCCUGUAUCCUUACUCCGGGCUCAAUUCAGUUUCCAGAUACAGGCUUCAACUUUCUCAUUGACAUUUUAAUCCUACUACGUAUUGUAGUAGGGAUAAUGUUUCCACUCCAUAACUCAAGCUAUAUCUACAUUGCAGUUCCUUCAUUUAUUCUUAUUUUACUAAGAUCACUUAACCUGGGGUAUAGCUCAUCAUCAGUUACAGAGUAUGCAGUAUGGAGGCAACUUAUAGUUUUUCUCAUUUUUGGUAUUUCCCUAUUUAUCCAUACAAUCAUAGCGUGCAUGUCUAUAUCCAUUUGUAUCAACAUUUGA